AGCAAAAAGUCUCGUCCUCUUGAUACCCUCUGUUUUUUCUCUCAUUUUAAUGAUAGACGAGCACACGAGUUUGCUGAGAUUUAUUAUUCACUAUCCGGAUUGUAGUCUGCUCCACGUUAGUGUCUUUUCAGGAGGAACAUGAGGGCAGAAAUAGAUAAAAUCGUGUCUCUGUCAGACGCAGACAACACGGCUUCCCUUCAGAAGUACCUGUCCUCCCUGACCAAUGAGCAGCUCUUUUCUGUCAUAACUAAUAGCGCACUAAAGGCCAAGACGGUCCGUCCUGUGAUCAAAGGCAUCCUAAAAGGCUCUUCAACUAAUACCUCUGAGGGGUCAAAUCGCAGACUUCUCCUGUAUCAGCACUGCAUCCCUCUAUGUGAGUCAGGGGACCUUCAGGCUGAGGUUGCAGCUGAAAUCAUUGGACUGCUGAUGCUUGAGACUCAUACACUUUCUGGACCAUCUCUUGCACAACUGGCAUCUCUAUUUGUUGAUGCUAUUAAAGUGGGGAAAAUGGGAAAUGGAAAAUCCCUGGAGUUAUUUCCUACUGUUCUGACAGCCCUUGCUGCGUGUGAAUCCUUGUCAUACGGAAAAGGGGAACUUAAUGGUGAGGAAUUCAAGAAACAGCUGAUAAACAGCCUCUGCUCGAGCAGAUGGGACCCACACUGUGUUAUUCAUUUGACAACUAUGUUCAGGGAUGUGCCCUUAUCGUCGGAGGAGCUGCAAUUUCUGGUGGAGAAAGUAGUGAGAAUGUUCGCCAAACUGGAUCUGCAGGAGAUCCCACCCCUGGUUUACCAGCUGCUGCUUUUAUCUGCUAAGGGUUGUAAGAAACAGGUCCUGGAUGGUAUCAUCAAUUAUUUUAAGGGGCAAGACAUUUGCCAAGAAGAAGAGCAGAGACAUGGAGAGAGCUUGGAUCUAGAGGUUCAAUCUAUUCCACAGGACCAGUUAAGGCAUGUGGAGGGGACCGUCAUCCUCCACAUAGUCUUUGCUAUACGACUGGACCAUGAGCUGGGCAGAGAAUUCCUAAAAAGCCUGAAGACAGCGUAUGGAGACUUGUGUCCUUUCAGUGUUGCCCUGUUGCUCUCAGUGACACGUAUUCAGCGUUAUGAAGAGCAGGUGUUUGAACUCUUAAAAGGAGUAGUCAUCAAGAGCUUCAAGGAGGAGCAGCUGCAGCAAGGAUCAAAGUUCCUUCUGGACCUCUUGCCUAAGCACUGUGGUGUGGCUCAGAUGACACUGGACACAAUCAAGAACAGUGUGUUUGGGUGGGAUCAUGUCACAGAGGGAUUGGUGCAGCUGGGCUUCUUCCUGAUGGACACAUUUGGACCCAAACCUGGACCGUUUGGUAAAGCCGCAGAGGGACCUGUUAGCGUUGCCCGAACCCCAGCUCAGCAGGCGUGUAAGCUGGGAGGACAGGUGCUCCUACAGAGCUUUAAGGUGCACGAGUCAGUCAGAGGCGAGAUAUUGGAGCAGGUCUUGAACCGUCUUAUCACAAAGACGGCUUCACCUGUCAAUCAUUAUUUGGACCUGUUCUCUGACAUUGUGGCCUCUGCUCCCAUGAUCCUCCUGGAGUCUUCCUCCAAGCUCACGGAGACAUUUGACCACUUGUCAUACCUGCCUUUGACCACCGUUCAGGGUCUGCUGAAAGCUGUACAGCCCCUACUCAAAGUCAGUAUGUCUUUGAAAGAUGCUUUAAUUCUAGUUCUUCGCAAGGCCAUGUUUUCCAGUCAGCUGGAUGGCAGGAAGUCUGCAGUGACCGGCUUCUUGUUGUUGCUGAAGAACUUCAAAGUGCUGGGCAGCUUGGCCUCCAGUCAAUGUAGUCAGGCAAUCUCCUCCAGUCAGGUCCAAGUUGAUGUUCAUUGUCGUUACAACUCUGCUGCCAACGAAGCGUUCUGUCUGGAGAUCCUCAGCAGCCUGCGUCGCUGCCUUGGCCAGCAGGCCGAUGUGCGCCUCAUGCUCUAUGAGGGUUUCUAUGAUGUUCUACGUCGCAACUCUCAACUUGCCAGCUCCAUCAUGCAGACUCUCCUCUCACAGCUGAGGCGGUACUACGAGCCAGAACAGGACCUGCUGCCCCCGGUGAAACUGGAGCCAUGCAUCACUGCUCAUGGGGACCAAGUCUUUCUCCAGGAGCCCCUGGCACAUCUUGUGAGCUGCACCGUGAACUGCCUGCUGUGGCUGAAGAACAUGCGCCAGUCAGCCAGCUGCAAUGACAGCGAUGAUGAUGAGGAAGAGGAGGAGGGAUAUCAAUCUGACCUACAGACAAUCCUCCAGAGCAUGACACGGCGCAUGAUCAAGUGUGAACUGGAAGACUUUGAGCUGGACAAGUCAGCAGAGUUUUCAAUGGGAUCAAGCGUUGGAGUGAAGAAUAACAUCUAUGCUGUACUUGUGAUGGGCGUGUAUGAGGUCCUAAUGGAGUAUAACUUCAUCAAAGCAAACUACAAUAAAAGUAACUUUGAAGACCUUCUUGAGCUGUUUAGCCGAUCCCACAAACUGUCUGAGAUCUUGAAGGAGAAAUCUGGAAAGGGUCGAGUUUCCUCACACAAGACCCCUCGCAGUUUACUCUCUAUGGGCUUCGUAUCAACGCUCAUUACUGUGCUCUUCAGGGACAACAGUCAAAGCAGAGAGGAGGCCCUCUCAGUUCUCCGCUCCAGUGGAGAAUUUGUGCGGUACGCGCUAAGUGUAGUUGUACAGAAGAUCCAACAGCUGGAGGAAACGGGACACACAGAUGGUCCAGAUGGACAGAAUUCAGACAAAACUUUCCGCUUCCUCUGUGACAUGACGAGCGUGCUGAUGUGGCGUUACACAAACAUCCCCAGUGUGGUGGAGGAGGCGGGGAAGAAAGAGAAGCGCUCCAGCCUGUCCCAGCUUUGUUUGGAGGGUAUCCUGAAGAUCUUCACAACCUGCCAGCAGCGAUACCCAGACAAGAUGCCCCAGCUCCUCUCUGCUAUGGAAAUUGCAGAAAAUGAUGCCGAACAAGAUGAUGUAACAGAGAUGAACUAUUUUUAUAUCAGACAGUUUCAGAGGGCGCUGUUCACACUAUUAAGUGGAGGUGAGGAGGAGUUUAACAGCAAAGAAGCUCAGCUGCUGGUCAGUAUUUUGAGUGUACUCUCACGUCAGCUGAAUCCAUCCUCCAAGCAGUUCACACAGAUGAUUACGUGGACUGUGAAAAUCUGCAAAGAGACUAGUUUUGAGGACACUGCGUUCUCCAAAGGGUUGCUCUCUCUUCUCUUCAGCCUGCACAUCCUUUACAAGAGUCCUGUGAGCCUUUUGCUGGAGCUUUGCCAAGACAUCCACAGCCAGCUGGGAGAUAUUGACCAGGAUGUCGAGGUGGAAAAACAGUCUCAUUUUGCUAUUGUCAACAUGAAAACUGCUACAACAGCAGCAUUACUGGUCCUGUCUCAAGUUGGCCGAGUGCUCGAUGAGGUGGACUGGCUCAUUGCCAGAAAGAAAAGUCAGACAACUUCUGAUAAAUCUGGCUCUGGUGAAGCCACCCAGACUGCAGGCCAACAAGACCCAGUUGAGAAAGCGGUGACGCUGCAGCUCGGGACUCUCUUGACGGCGUUAAAUGAGCUGGUCCAGACAGCCCUUCUGCCGGGAACGUGCACCAUUACACUGCUGAGGGAACUGAGUCGUACUUACACCAUCCUCACCACCCUGGUCAAAUACUACAUCCAGGUGUGUCCCAAUCAGCACCCUGUCCUGCCUAGUCGCUUCGAGAAGCUGGUGAAACUAUCUGGCUCCCACCUCACCCCACAGUGCUACACGUUUAUCACAUAUGCACAGAGUGGAGAAUCCACUGGUGGAGGUGCAGAUGACAAGAAGAAAAAGAAAAAGAAUGAUGCGAAUACUGCUUCUUCUGCAAAGCUUCUGCGUGAGACAAAGGUCAUGCCUAACCUGAUCUUCAGCAUCGAACAGUAUGAGAAGUUUCUCAUCACACUCUCAAAGAAAUCAAAGGUCAAUCUCAUGCAAUACAUGAAGCUGAGCACCUCAAGAGAUUUCCGCAUCAAUGCUGCUACUCUGGACGCAGCCCUGCAGGAGCAGGAUGAGAGUCAGGAGGCCCCAAACACGCAAGACACGGAGGAGACACAGGAACCCAAGCAGAAGAGGAGAAAACGGUGAACUGAUAUCAGUCUUCUCUCCAGUUUCCUUGCAGCCGUGUGAUUGUACUGCUGCGGAACCUCAGCGGGGUUCAUUAUCGACUAUCUUCCUUUAUUCAGAGAGCCUUUAGUGAUGUUCAUGAUCUGGUAGAUGUCCAAGGCCUCACCUGUGGAAUGUUGGAACAUGUUAAUUUUCAAAAGUGCUUAUGUUUCUUUAUUUCACUUUAUUCCAAAGAAACUGGUCUUUAUGUAUUAAAUGCAAAACAGUCCAUGCAGUUACACCCGAUAUAUAUUACAACUGCUAUUUCUAGUUUACAUUAUUUGAAUAUUUGUCAAGAAAUGAUUUGAGUUCCUGCCUAAUUUCAUCACAAUGUCAUGAUGGAGCAGCUGUUGUUUUUAAGGAUUUAAAAGUGUUUAAAUAAUUUCUUCUUUAAAAUAUAGUAUAACUCUAGUACUUCAGAUGGCUACACUAAGCAAAGAGGAAUUAUCGAUGGUUUCCGCUGCAAGGACAUGCAUCCGGUGUUUAUUUACACCGAAGCUUUGUAAGUUAUUGUUUUAUUAUAAUAUUUUUCUGAACAUACAUGGAACAUUUCUUAUCUUAGCAGAUAUGUGUAAAGUUAUUAAUUGAAAACUUGUGUUUUUCAACUUGUUCAGAGCUCUUAACAGGUCAUAAAAAUAAAACUGAGCUGACACUCUU